AACUUCUGACAUUGUAUAACGUUGAGGCUUUGUUUAUCUGUCACUCUGUGUUGUAGGCAUAAAUAUUCCUUUAAGAAAUUCGUUAAAAAUUUCAAUGUCCUUUGUUCACAAUUAGUAUUGAUAUUCUUUAGAUUCAUAGAUUACAACUAUCAAUCAACUUGUGUGACAAUUUUGUGUUUUAAAAGAAAGAAAACUUCUGUCUCGAUUGUUUUUGGUUUUAUAUGAUUUGGAUGGUUUACGACGAGAAUAAUAUCUAUUUAUAGACCGCGAUGGCAUUGACAAAUGCACAUCAGGCACUCACUGUGCAAUUGUUUUAGUAUUAAUACUGAGCUUGGGGAAGGCAGAGAGGAUCCAUAAGAGUUGGCAAAGAAAAUAUUCAAGAAUAUAAUUAUUAUAAUUUAAUCCUAAUGGCGUUAGUUGGCCUGACAUGUCAAAUCCUGCAGAUCGUCUAAGUUAUGUCCAAGAUAGCAGUAGCGAUACAGAAACAGAUUGUAAAGAGACUGAUGGAUGUGGAAGACAUCGCAUUUAUAAGAAUAGAUUAAGUUGUGGUGGCUCGUCCAAACCAAAAUCUUGUCUGGUACAGAGGGAUGGGAGCAACGAGCGACAUUGCCAUUCCUACAAUUCAGGCAGACAAGGCGCAAAUUUAACGCAGCAAAACAGACUCCGUUCAGGGGUUUCGAUCAGUAAGAAUCAGCAAGGACAAAAUCGUGACAAUUUACCGUCAUCCGGACCUAUUGCAGGCAUGAGCAAUCAGCAGGCCAGCGAUGAGCGUAUCACACUCAUUGUCGAUAAUACCAGGUUCAUCUUAGACCCAGCACUCUUUACGGCCCAUCCGAAUACUAUGCUGGGACGGAUGUUCAGUUCUGGCAUUGAAUUUGCUCAACCAAAUGAGCGAGGCGAAUAUGAAGUUGCGGAUGGCAUAUCUGCCAUGGUGUUCAGGGCAAUUUUAGAGUAUUAUAAGGGUGGAGUAAUCCGCUGUCCUCCCACUGUCACUGUCCAAGAGUUACGUGAGGCUUGUGAUUAUCUCCUUGUACCUUUUGAUGCCAGCACAGUGAAGUGUCAAAAUCUCAGAGGAUUACUACAUGAGUUAUCUAAUGAAGGAGCUCGCUGCCAAUUCGAAGUGUUCCUGGAAGACCUGAUUCUCCCGUUGAUGGUGAACAGUGCACGUAGGGGAGACCGCGAAUGUCACAUUGUAGUAUUACUUGAAGAUGACGUCGUGGAUUGGGACGAGGAAUAUCCACCACAGAUGGGAGAAGAGUAUUCUCAAACUGUCAACAGUACGGCGAUGUACCGAUUCUUCAAGUACAUAGAGAACCGGGAUGUGGCAAAACAAGUAAUGAAGGAGCGCGGACUCAAGAAAAUUCGUCUGGGUAUCGAAGGCUACCCGACGUACAAGGAAAAGGUGAAAAAGAGGGCUGGAGGUCGUGCGGAAGUGAUCUACAAUUAUGUUCAGCGACCAUUCAUCCACAUGUCCUGGGAGAAAGAAGAGGCUAAAAGUAGACACGUUGAUUUUCAAUGCGUCAAAUCGAAAUCCGUAACAAAUCUUGCCGAAGCCACUGCCGACCCGGCGCUAGAUGCUGGAGGAAAUCCCAUUAACGCGAUAGCACUCCUACAGGCAUCUGAACCGGUGCCCCAGCCUGAGGUUUCUCUGGGUUCUGAUCCUGAUAUGGAAGGGGCUGUAGGGAUACCUCCAGAUCCUUACCCUGGCUCUUUACCAGACGAGCUGCCAUGAGCUUCAAGUUAUUGAGCCAUUACCUUUUAAAAUAUAUAUCGUUUAUUACAUAAACAAUGAUAUUUAGCGAUAUGAAGGGUCGCAUAAGAGUUGACAGCUUUUCCUUGUCACCACGUCAAUUCUUAACCGGUAUAGUUGUGUAACCUGUAGUUCGUGUACCGUGGACAACAUAUUUCGUAUUAAUCCAUUAAGAUUGGAAUACAGUGACUAUUCGUAUCGUUGCUCAUCGUGAUCGACCUAGGCUAGAACUUACAUAUUGUUAAAUUUAUAAAUAAUCUGUAUAUAAGCUAGGCGUUCCUUAUGAUUACGCUUCGGUGCGCUUCACACGUUUGCCCACCUUAUGUCAUUUUGAAGAACCUUUUUCCUAUUUUGUACUGUUAAUAAACUUGAAUACCGUUUCGCAAGUAAA